GUGCAUGCUGGGAGUUGUGGUCCGCGAUGUGCCCGAUGGCGGCGAGGCUGCUGCCGCUGCUGGUGGCGCUGGGCCUGGCCCGGCCCGCGGGCAGCGCCGAGGCCCCGGGGGGCGGCUGGCCGGCGGGCGCCGUGCCCGAGGAGCCCCUCUGUGGCCUGGAGCGCGCUGACGCCUCCCUGUCCGCCGCCCACUUUCUGCACCGGUUCGCCUUCUCCCAGCCUGUUAUCCUCCAUGGGAUCACGGACAACUCGGCUUUCCGAGCUCUCUGCACCCGGGAGAAGCUGCUGGCGGCCUUUGGCACCCGCUCGGUGCGGCUCAGCACAGCCAACACCUAUUCCUACCGCAAAGUGGAUGUGCCCUUCCAGGAGUACGUGGAGCAGCUGCUGGAGCCGCAGGAUCCCGCCCGGCUGGGCAGCGACACACUCUACUUCUUCGGGGACAACAACUUCACGGAGUGGGGCCCCCUCUUCCAGCAUUAUGUGCCCCCACCAUUCCGUAUCCCAGGCACCAGCCCUGCCUACAGCUUCGGGAUCGCAGGCUCCGGCUCCGGUGUUCCCUUUCACUGGCAUGGCCCCGGUUACUCCGAGGUGAUCUUUGGCAGGAAGCGCUGGUUUCUGUACCCACCGGAUAAAACCCCCCACUUCCACCCUAACGAGACGACACUGGCCUGGUUCCACCACACAUACCCCACGCUGCCGCCGGCCGAGCGGCCACUGGAGUGCACCAUCCGCCCCGGGGAGGUCCUCUAUUUCCCUGACCACUGGUGGCACGCCACGCUCAACCUGGACACAAGCGUCUUCAUCUCCACCUUCCUGGGGUAGAGCCAGGCUGGAGAGGACACGACACUGCUGCGGUGAGAAUGUGCCAGGGCAGCAACUCCAGCUCCUGCUGCUGCCAGGCCGGGCAGUGCCAGAUUUGCACGUUCAGCUACUGAUGUUGGGACCAAAUCCUGAAGACAUUCUGUUUUUUACUCGUCUUUUCCAUCUCCUUUGGAUUAAAAGUGGUGUUUGCCAUUCA